CACACACAUAUAUAUAUAUAUAUAGAUAGAUACACAAAUUUGUAUCUCUAUAUAUAUACAUAUAAAUGUGUGUGUGUGUGUCAACAUAUAUAGGCCAUCCCAACCCUAACAAGCCACAAUUUCAUCAAGAUGAUCAAUUCAUCGACAAAUAUCGAACUUUUCUCCAACUUGGCUUCAAUGGAGCCUUUCAACUCAUCAUCUUCUAUCUUGCCAUUUUUAUCGAACGAUAGUCACCAAACUACUUUUCACGACGAGUUUUUGAGAUCUGUGGCGCCUCCCGUCAUGCCCAUUUUCAACCCCUCGACGCAUCUUUUAUCAUCCGUGGAGAUCAUGGCUCCCGAGUCUCAAUUUCAACCGAAUUCUUCCCCUUCCGCUUCUUCUGCAAUCCACGAACUUAAUAACAAGAAUCACAUGCAGAAUUAUGGAGGAAAGAAGAGAAAAAAAGAGGGCAAAAUGGAAAGAAAAGAGACACGAGAAGUUGUUCAUGUAAGAGCAAAGAGAGGGCAAGCAACUGAUAGCCACAGUUUGGCUGAAAGGUUAAGAAGAGAGAAAAUAAAUGAGAAGCUGAGGUGCCUACAAGAUCUUGUUCCAGGAUGUUACAAGACAAUGGGAAUGGCUGUAAUGCUGGAUGUGAUCAUAAAUUAUGUAAGGUCUUUGCAGAAUCAAAUUGAUUUUCUUUCCAUGAAACUUUCUGCUGCAAGUUUGUUCUAUGAUUUCAAUUCAUCAGAAGCUGAAGCCAUAGAAACAAUACAGGAAAAUACUGCACAAGGGAUGGAGAAACUUGUGGGAGAAAGCUAUGGAGGAAUUUCACACUUCCAAACAGCUAAUUGGCCUAUCUAAUAAUAAACAUAAAUAAUACUGAUUUCUGAUCAUAUUAAAUGCUUGCUGCAGAUUUCAAUU